AUAUACAUAUAAAUUGAACUCGACACGCCCACAAGCCGCCCGCAAGUACCCUCUGGUCGGCAUCUCGUCACAUCAGAUUCAAACAUGGCCACUGUGCUGCCCGUCAGACCGUCCUGUGAUAGCAGCCCUGCAACUCCAGGAGUGCCAUGUAUCAAGGAGGAUGUUAUUGAGGAGGUGUCCAAUGAUGGAAGCCAACCACCCAAAAGGAGAAGAAUGGGUUCUGGGGAUAGCUCCAGAAGCUGUGACACCUCCAGCCAGGAGCCUGGACCCACAUAUUUUCCAGCAGAGAACCUGACAGAGUACAAGUGGCCUGCAGACGACAUGGGGGAGUACUACAUGCUCCAGGAGCAGGUCAGCGAGUACCUGGGGGUCACGUCGUUCAAGAGGAAGUACCCCGACCUGGAGAGGAGAGACUUGUCCCACAAAGAAAAGCUUUGCCUGCGAGAACAGAAUGUCAUCACUGAGACGCAGUGCACCUUGGGUCUAACCGCACUUCGUAGCGACGAGGUGAUAGACCUGAUGAUCAAGGAGUACCCCAUCAAACACUCAGAGUAUUCCGUUAUUCUGCAGGAGAGAGAGAGGCAGCGGAUAGCCAAAGAGUACUCUCAAAUGCAGCAGCAGAAUCCCCAGAAGGUGGAAGCCAGCAAGGUCCCGGAGUACAUUAAGAAGGCAGCCAAGAAGGCAGCCGAGUUCAACAGCAACUUCAACAGGGAGCGCAUGGAGGAGAGAAGAGCCUACUUUGACCUCCAAACACAUGUCAUCCAGGUGCCCCAGGGAAGGUUCAAGGUGUUGGCCCCGGAGCUCACCAGGGCUGGGCCCUAUCCUGUGGCCCUCAUUCCCGGCCAGUUUCAGGAAUACUACAAGAGGUACUCUCCCAACGAGCUGCGGUACCUGCCGCUGAACACGGCCCUUUUCGAACCUCCCCUGGACCCGGAACUCCCGGCUCUGGACUCGGAACCUGAUUCAGAUGACGCUGAAGACGGCAAAGAUGUCAAGAAGAACAAGAAUGCAUCCGACAGUUCUUCGGGUAACACCUCCGACGUGGAGAGUCAGGAGGGAGGAGCAGCGCCGGCACACAAGGGCAAGGGCAAGGACCGGACCACCACACCGGGCAAGGAGGGGACCCCGCGGCACCCCCACAAAGCAUCCGCGACCACGCCCGUGUACAAGCCUAAGGUCAUUCCCAAUGCUAUUUGUGGCAUUUGCCAGAAGGGUAAAGAGGCCAACAAGAGAGGCAAGCCAGAGGCUCUCAUUCACUGCUCCCAAUGUGAUAACAGCGGUCACCCGUCGUGCCUGGACAUGAGCGAGGACCUGGUGUGCGUCAUCCACACAUACCGCUGGCAGUGCAUGGAGUGCAAGACGUGCACUGUGUGCCAGCAGCCCCACCACGAGGACGAGAUGAUGUUCUGCGACCAGUGCGACCGAGGAUACCACACGUUCUGCGUGGGCAUGAACGCCAUACCGCUGGGUCUCUGGGUGUGCAAGCUAUGUGAGAAAAACCCCAUCACACCGAAGAAGAAGGGAGGACCCAAAACGCCCAAGAAGUCCAAAUGAUGGAGAGAACGGAACGCCAGCGUAUUGGAGCCUGGUUAUGUUUGUGACACACUGUCAGAGAGCGUCCCCUGGCGAUUCUCCUCACUAUUAUUAGUCUACCAAUCAGAGAGGUGUUUGCAUUUAAAAAUAAAGGCAAUAUUUUGUACUUGUUGCUUACUCUGCUAUAACGACUUGACUUGAUAUAUGUUUUGGUGCUAAAUUUGUCUUGGUAACUUUUACAUAUUUUUGAUAAAAUAUUUUACAUACAAAAUGACAGACAGGUCUACACUUUUUUUCCUUUUUCAUGGCGCUGAAAAUAUCCUGUUUAAGCCAUAGACAGUAAAGGGUCAGCCCUGUGUCAGCCAGCUGAUAUGUAUCCAUAUGUGCAGACAGUACUUGCAUGAAUCUAGUGUCCUGUAGAGCUUAGCCAAAUGUACACAUUAAACAACUGUUGCUCAUUAUUUAUUUUAUUUAUAUAUAUAUAUAUAUAUACACACACACAAUCAAUACAAUUAUUAACAAUGUAUGUAUUUGCUGAGCAAAUGUUUGAUGGCUCUUUAAGAUAAUUCGGUCAUGUUUUUAAGGUUCGCCCCAUGCUGCCUCCAAGGGAUACAAUUAUCACGUGUACUCUAUGACAAACACUUUUCUCAUCUUGUGUUGAAAGGUUGUUGGUGUUUCUUUUUUUGUAUAACUUGCUGUUGAAAAAAUAUAUCCUCUGUGAAUUUUUUUACUUGAUCCAUCUUCGGGGAGAAACCUACUAUUAAAAGCAUCAACUGAAAAAAGUUAUAGCUUAUGUAUUGGAAAUCGAGGGUAUUAACAUGUUUAAGUAUAUUAACAGGUUUAGCUGUAUAUAGGCAGGAAUAAUGGACAAUUGAUCAUUUUCUCAGUUUUUUGUUGUACUUCUAUUUUAACAUUUGUGGAUUUUCUUUUUAUAAUGCAGUUUUUUAAUUCAAAAUUGUCCAUUGAUUUAUGUUCAACCAUGCCACGGACCCAGUUUGAAUAUGUUUGAAAUAAAAA